GAGGGAGAAGGAGACUGCCUGGAGGAGAGAGGGGGUGCUGGAGAGAGCGGCCCCCCUCCCCGUGAGCAUCCCUGCCCCCGCCACCCAGGUUACAUGGGGAUGAGGGCCUCAGGCCCUGGGCGCCUGAGAAUUUGGCUCCCCAGGCUGGAACCCAGCCCCUGUGGGUGCUGCUGACCCUGCCUGGUGAAAGUAACCCCGGGCCCAACCUUCUGGCCUCCAGUUGGACUCUCCUGUCCCCCACGGGCCCCUGGUGGCCAGCCACGCUUCCUGUCACCCUGUCGCGCUUUCACGCUGUCACAUGCUCUACAGCCCGUAGUUUGUACCUCUGUACCUCUGGUCACCGCCCACCUGUGCCCCGGUCGCCGUCGCUACCCAUCACCGCCGAAUGUCACCAUGCCGCCUGUCCCUCAGCGGCAUCGCACGUUUUCUGGUGCUUGGGACCACCUUUACGCGACCACCGGGCCCGCUUGUCACGCACGUCUCCGCCACACCCAAAGGCACGUACUGCAAGAGCAGUCGCGGGUGCCGUCAGAGCACAGGGUGACCCCGCUCCCCGUCCCCCUGCACUCGGUGCGCAACAGGCUCCGUCCGCUCCACGGCUGUUCACCGAGAACCUGCUGGGUGGCGGGCGGGCGGCUGGUUGCUGGCGGGUCAGCGAGAGCACAAGCCCCCGGCCCUGGCAGCCCUCCGCGCCAGCGAGGGAGGGCGUGGCCACGGCCUCGGCGGCCCCGGAGCCUUCGAGGGCAGCUCUAACCCUGGGCGGCCCCCUCCCCCACCCCGCGCUUCCAGAGGCCGCGAGAGGGUUGGGAGUUUCCCCCAGUCAGCGGUGAGCUCACCGGGGCCGGGAGCCCAGCCCUCAGCGUCCUGGACAAAGGUGGAAGGAAUGCAGGCUGUUCGGCAUGAGUCACAGAGGCCUCUGCCUCUCUCGGACUCUCCCACCGAGUCCGCCCCGGGGGCCGUGCAGGGUCAGCAGAGCCACAAGGGUUCCUGCGGGGAGAAGAGAGGAGCGAACGCUCGCUGGGGGUCCCUAGGAAGGAGGACUUCAGACGGAAGUGACUUGUGGGGCAAAGCCGCAGCGACAAGCAGAGCUGCAGCCGGCCGGAUUUAGGUUAGAUGGAAGAAAGAACUCCAACGGAUGAAGGGACGACCGGACCUCACACACAGGAUGGACGUCAACAAGAGCCUCCCAGCCACUGACAGCCGCAGGGACCUCCACGUAUGGAUCAUCGAGAGGGUCAUGGAGGGAAGGUGGCUGGGGGACGGUCCUGCUGAGCUGUCACUAGGCACCCUCCUCUCCCAGGACCUGAGGAUGGCGCCAGUCCCCGAGAAGGCUUAUGGGAACUUCUUCGAGGAGCACUGCUACAUCGUCCUCCAUGUUCCCCAGAGCCUCAAGGCCACGCAGGGGGCGUGCAGCGACCUGCACUACUGGACGGGGAAGGAGGCGGGCGCCGAGGCGCAGGACGCGGCCGAAGCCUUCGUGCAGCAGCUGCAGGAGACGCUGGGUGGCGCCACCGUGCAGCACCGGGAGGCGCAGGGCCACGAGUCCGACUGUUUCCGCAGCUACUUCCGCUCGGGAAUCAUCUACAGGAGAGGGGGCCUGGCCUCUGCCCUCACGCACGUGGAGACCAACCUGUACAACAUCCAGCGACUGCUGCACGUCCAGGGGAGGAAGCACGUGUCGGCCACCGAGGUGGAGCUCUCUUGGAGCAGCUUUAAUAAGGGGGACAUCUUCCUGCUGGACCUGGGCAAGGUGAUGAUCCAGUGGAAUGGGCCUGAGACCAGCAUUCCUGAGAAGGCACGGGGCCUGGCCCUGACCUGCAGCCUCCGGGACAGGGAGCGCAGUGGUCGCGCACAGAUUGGCGUGGUGGAUGAUGAAGUUGAAGCCACUGAUCUCAUGCAGAUCAUGGAAGCCGUGCUGGGCUGCAGAGUGGGUAACCUGCCUGCCACCAGGCCCGACAAGAGUGUUAACCAGCUGCAGAAAGCCAGCGUCCGUCUCUACCAUGUCUGUGAAAAGGAUGAGGACUUGGUGAUCCAGGAGUUGGCGACCUGCCCACUAACCCAAGACCUACUGCGGGAAGAGGACUACUAUAUCCUGGACCAGGGUGGUUUCAAGAUCUACGUGUGGCAGGGACGCCUGUCCAGCCUCCAAGAGAAAAAGGCUGCCUUCAGCCGGGCUCUGGGCUUCAUCCAGGCCAAAGGCUACCCGACCUACACCAACGUGGAGGUGGUGAACGACGGCGCCGAGUCGGCCUCGUUUAAACAGCUCUUCCAGUCUUGGUCUACCAAGCAGCGCGGGAACAAGAACUUCGCCAGGCUAAGUAAAUCGAUUCAGGUAAGGCCGGAUGUGGGCAAGCUGCAGAGUCAGCCUGAGCUAGCUGCCCAGCUCAGGAUGGUGGACGACGCUUCCGGGAAGGUGGAGGUGUGGUGCAUCCAGGACUUAGGCAGACAGCCCGUGGACCCCAAGCGUCAUGCACAGCUGUGUGCAGGCAACUGCUACCUCGUCCUCUACACCUACCAGAGGAUGGGCCACAUCCAGUAUAUCCUGUACCUGUGGCGGGGCCACCGCGCCACCACACGUGAUGUCAAAGCCCUGAACUGCAAUGCCGAGGAGCUGGACCUCAUGUACCGGGGAGCCCUGGUGCAGGAGCACGUGACCAUGGGCAGCGAGCCCCCUCACUUCCUCGCCAUCUUCCAGGGCCAGCUGGUGGUCUUCCAGGGGCACACGGGGCAUGAUGGGAAGGAGCAGCCAGCACCUGCCACAAGGCUCUUCCACGUGCAAGGCACCGACAGCUGCAACACCAGGACCGUGGAGGUACCAGCCCGCGCCUCAGCCCUCAACUCCCAUGACAUCUUCUUGCUGGUCACAGCUAGCAUCUGCUACCUCUGGUUUGGAAAGGGCUGCAGCGGUGACCAGCGAGAGAUGGCGCAGACGGCGGUCUCUGCCGUCUCUGGGGAGAACAAGGAAACGGUGCUGGAGGGUCAGGAGCCUCCCGGCUUCUGGGAGGCCCUGGGAGGCCCGGCUCCCUACCCCGGCAACAAGAGGCUCCCCGAGGACGUCUCCGGCUUCCAGCCCCGACUGUUUGAGUGCUCCAGCCACAUGGGCCACCUGGUCCUCACGGAAAUGGUGUUCUUUAGUCAAGAGGACCUGGACAAGUAUGACAUCAUGUUACUGGACACCUGGCAGGAGAUCUUCCUGUGGCUCGGGGAAGCUGCCAGCAAGUGGAAGAAGGAGGCGGUGGACUGGGGCCAGGAGUACCUGAAGACCCACCCGGCAGGGAGGAGCCCCGCCACGCCUAUCGUGGUGAUCAAGCAGGGCCAUGAGCCCCCCACCUUCACUGGAUGGUUCCUCGCUUGGGACCCCUACAAGUGGACUAACGACCAGUCCUACAAGGAGGUGGUGGAUGGCAGCCUGGGAGCAAUGCCAGCCAUAUGUGAGAUAACAGCCGAACUCAACGACUUCCAGCUGUCUAGAGGGCCAAGCAAUGGCGGGGCAGACCCUUUGACCCUGCAGACCCUCAAGGGCUCCCAGGACGGCUCAGGGAAUGAGCUGCAGCCAGGACCCAAGGCAGGUGACGCCAGCACCAACAGCCACCACAGCAGCCCCAGACCCACCAUCAAUGGGAGCCUGCCCCGCGAACGGCUAAUGCAUCAGGCUGUUGAGGACCUGCCAGAGGGUGUGGACCCGGCCCGCAAGGAGUUCUAUCUCUCAGACUCUGACUUCCAAGAGAUCUUUGGGAAGUCCAAGGAAGAAUUCUAUAGCAUGGCCAAGUGGAGGCAGCAGCAGGAGAAGAAGCAGCUUGGCUUCUUCUGAACCCAGGCCCUGCCCGUGUCGGUGCCACUAACGUAGCCAAGACCCCCAGGGGUGCCUUCCCAGCACGCCCCUGAGCCCCCGGGGACACCCCGCUGGCAUUCCCCCGUCAAUAAAAGUCCGUGGCCCUCA